UGAGCUCACGCUCAUAAACCCUUGAUUAUCUAAUCUCUAUGUGUGAUGAUACAAUGAGUUCUUCUCUGGAUAUUCUGGUAAAUGUAGUACGUGUGUGGAAUUCUAUAAAUCAAGACAGUAGUAGUUUCAUUUCAUCUUUCAACACAUACAUAGUCCAAACAUAGUUUUAGUAACCUUUGUAUGAUAUGUCUUCCACCGCUAUCUAGUUGCUCUCUCUCUCUCUCUCUCUCUCUCUCAACAAUGGUGGCUGAAAUCAUUGAUCUUUCAGACUCCCCUCCAUCAUCACCCUGGUCAUCUCAUAAUGAUGCAGCAAGAAUUCUCAAUUUUGAUUCUGUUUCUAAUGAAAAAAAUCAAUUUGAGAAAGUUAUUCCUAUAUCCUUAAUGGCUUGCACAAAUCCCAACCAGCCACAAACUAGUCUAUGGCGAGCUGCUUCAAGACAUACCAAUGAGCACUCUCAGAUUGCUACUACAUUCCAACCCAGCAUGCAAUUACAAAGGGUUGCUACAGUACUUGAACCAGUACCUGAAUCAAUCACAUGCAUGUUUCCUCAUGGAGCUAGACUCAAGGAGCCCUGGACUCACAGAGAACAUGAGCUAUUUUUGAUGGGGCUAAUAAAGUAUGGAAAAGGUCACUGGAGCAAAAUUGCUAGACACUUUUUGUUGAAUAAGACACCACAACAAGUUCAGAGCUAUGGUGCUAGCUUCUUCAGGAAUCUACCAUCUACACACCUACAUGGUUUUAGGAGAAGGAAGCCAAGCUACUCGACAUCUAGCCUCAUGUCCAAAAACAACAACCUUAUGGCUGCAUCUGCAUCUACCACCUCAUACUUCAUGCCUAUGAUUGUUAAUGAGCCACAACAAACUCACAUGUUUUUCCCAGAGAAUGCUCCUUUAAAUUUUCUUCUGGCCCCAUCACAUGGAGAAGCAAGUAGCAGCAACAACAACACCACCAUGUAUGGGUUCCAGAUGCAGACAAGUGGUGCAAGAACUUCCAUGAAUGCUAGUGCUAAUGGAGAAGUUGAUUUGGAACUGCGUUUGGGUUGAUGCCAGUGAGAGACUCAAAUUUGUAUAUGAUGCUUGCAUGGACAAAUAUAGCUAGCUAGCUAGGUGUGAUUAAUUGUCACCAUUGUCUUUAUUUCGUAAUUUUUUUUGUGGGUUUAUGGUUUUGUCAUUUAUUUAUAUAUGUUAUCAAAGUUAA